AUGGACUUCCUCAAAUCAGCAGUGGCUUCCAUAGCAAAAGGGCCAGCGUUUCCAUAUUCCUUCGGCGAUCGAGUUGAUAUCGACCAGUCAAUAUGGACACUACACAAUGGCACGAGGAGGGAGGAUGGCUCGCGAUGCAGCAUCUUCUCCUUCGACAUCAAUGCGAACAAGUCACGGCUAGCACUGGCAAGAAAUGCGCUCCGCAAGUUCCGAACAAUCAGACAUCCAGGCAUCAUCAAAGUGCUAGAUACGCUUGAGACAGACACAAUCAUCUACAUUGCCACUGAACGCAUCACGCCGUUGAACUGGUCAACGAGACGGAAAGCACUCUCCGAGCAGAGUCUACUAUGGGGUUUAUACAACGUCGCGAAGACGCUUAAAUUCGUCAACAGCGAAGCCUCCUCCAUUCACGGCAAUGUACGAGCCUCAUCGAUCUUUACGAGCGAAAGCGGGGAGUGGAAGGUAGGAGGGCUGGAGAUACUGAGUUCCAUGAAAGAGGACGAUGCUGUGAUGUUCUCGCAAGGCAGUCUGGUCCCGGAUAUUGGACGCUACACGCCUCCGGAAGUGGCCAAGGGCAGUUGGCAGAGUGUUCGGACAAACCCGCUUCAUGCGGUGGAUGCAUACGACUAUGGCAUACUAAUAUCAGAAGUGUUCAACGGUGGCUUCUCUGGCUCGGAGCAGAUUGGAACUACGAAGAACGUGCCUCUGCAGAUGCAAACUAGCUACAAGCCGUUGACGCACGCUGCGCCCAAGAUGAGAUUGAGCGUUGCACAUUUCUUGGAGCAGGGCAGCAGAAGUGGGGGCUACUUUGACACAGCACUGAUACAAUUGUCCGAGGGCAUCGAAAACCUUGGACUGAAGAGUGACUCUGAAAAAGAUGAAUUCUUGGGUGAGCUCGAGACUGUCGCUGAGACCGAUGACUUCCCGGAAGAAUUCUUCAAAGUCAAGGUACUGCCCGAGCUGCUCAAGUCCGUUGAGUUCGGCGGAGGCGGCGCAAAGUCUUUUAGCCUGGUCAUGAAAAUCGCCGCGAAGCUAUCAGAAGACGAAUACGACACGCAGAUCACGCCCGUCAUCAUUCGGCUAUUCACCAGCCCAGAUCGUGCCUUGCGAGUUUGUCUGCUCGACAACCUGCCACAGAUGAUCGAUCAUCUCAGCCAGAAGGUCGUGAGCGACAAGAUCUUCCCUCAAAUGGUGACUGGAUUUGGAGAUCUGGCGCCCGUUGUCCGAGAGCAGACGGUAAAGGCUGUGCUUGUUGUCGUGCCAAAGCUAUCAGAUCGAGUGAUCAACGGCGAGCUCUUGAGACAUCUGGCGAAGACUGCGAACGACGAACAGCCUGGCAUCAGGACCAACACUACCAUUUGUCUUGGCAAGAUCGCUCGCAACCUUGGACCCAGCUCUCGAGCGAAAGUGCUCACUGCUGCGUUCUCACGAGCACUGCGGGAUCCGUUCGUGCAUGCUAGAAAUGCCGCGCUUCUCGCGUUAGCCGCGACAGCUGACAUGUUCAGUGAAGAAGAUUGCGCGACGAAGAUGCUGCCAGCUUUAUGUCCUGCUCUUGUGGACAAGGAGAAGAUGAUUCGAGACCAAGCCAACAAAACACUGAACAUCUACCUCGAGCGAGUGCGAAAGUACAGUACGACCUUGCCAGAUUCCAUCCUGCCUCCCCCUGAAGCUGCAUCUGCACCAAGUACACGAAUCAGCACACCUCAGCCGGGUAUGGGUGGUCAGGUACUGGGAUGGGCUAUAUCUUCAUUCACGAACAAGCUCAGUACGGCAACUGGGGAGAUCCAGCCAAACAGUAACGGCGCGAGACCAACACCGCAAGAGCGGCCUACAUCAACGCCGCCGGUGAACGGUCUGCAACCUCGUCCCGCAAAUCAUUCCACGCCUUCAGCAGCGACCGUCCCCAAAGUCACCACAGGAGUCCGCAGCGCAACGAUCGCUACUCAAGUUGAGGAUGAAGACUUUGGUGACGGCUGGGGCGAGAUAGAUGACGAUCCGAGCGCGGCAUGGGACGAUGAUCUCCAACCAACGUCCGCAUCCCAGAGCCACACUUCCAAGCCCAGCACUUCAAGCGUAACCUACGAUGAUGGAGGCGAGCCGGACUUCGAAGGCUGGCUGAACGCCCAAGCGCAAGCAAAGACCGCCAGCAAGAAACCGCUACCCAAAGGCUUGGCAAAGAAACCCACCACCACAGCAUCUGCAGCGCGUCCGGCUGCAGCUACCAGGAACAGCGCCCCUGUGCGACCGGCCACGUCGACUGCAGCGGCGCGCACUGUUCCACAGCCGUCGGCUCAGUCCAAGGAAGAAGAGGACGAGGAUUGGGGUGAUGCCUGGGGGUGA